AUGAAAGGAGGCGAAGCUUGUGACCCGAGAGAGGAAAGAAGACCUCCACAGGCCGGGAUCCCUGGCCCCACUAACCCUCUCACUGUCCCAUCCAUGGCUGCAGGGAGUAGGAAUCCUACAGUACUACCAUCUUCAUGCCCUUAAUCCUACAAAUACAUCUUCCUGCCCUUGUGCUACUCCGUUACUUUCCUGCUCAGCCUGGUCCUGAACUCCAUCAUCCUGCAUCGCUCCUUCUGCGGGGCUGGGCACCGUGGCGGGGGCAGAGCCAAGCGCUGGACCCCCUCCCUCACCUACAUGGUCAACCUGGCUGCCACCGACCUCAUGUAUGGCCUCUCGCUGCCCUUCCUGAUCGCCAGCUACACCAUGCGGGACCGCUGGGUUUUUGGGGACCCCGUGUGCCGGCUGGUGCGAUUCCUCUUCUACUUCAACCUCUACUGCAGCCUGGCCUUCCUGGCCUGCAUCUCCCUGCACCGCUACCUGGGCGUCUGCCACCCCUUGCGCUCCCUGGCCAGCGGGGGGCCCCGGCGGGCUGUGAAGGGGGUCUGCCUGCUGGUGUGGGCCGUGGUGUUCGCUCUCACCAGUCCCAUUUUCCGCUUCGCCCGCACCGGGAAGAGCCGAGACGGGAACACGGUGUGCUGGGACGACGCACCGGACUGGGAGCUGCAGGAAUACGUUCCUUACGGGAUCACCCUCCACGUGCUGCUCUUCUGCCUGCCCUUUGGUGUCAUCGGGUGGUGUUACUCUAGAGUGGCUCGGACCAUCUUCCGAAGCCUGGGGGAGGAGGGGGGAGGUGGAGACGGGGGGCUCCCCUCCUCCUCCUCCUCCUCCUCUCCCCCGCCCCCUCCCUCGCACUCCUUCCUCAGCCUCCGACGGCGACGCAAGUCGCUCCGCAGAGUGGUGACCAUCACGCUGCUGCUGGCGCUCUGCUUCCUGCCCUUCCACGUCACGCGCACCGUCUUCCUGCUGCUCAAGGGCUCGGCCUGGGGGGCCGACUGUCGCACCGUCACGCUCGUCUCCAUCUGCUACAAGCUGACCAGGCCGCUCGCCUCCUUCAACGCCUGGCUCAACGCCCUGCUCUACUUCCUCACCAAGGGGAGGAGUGUCGGGGCCAGGGGAGAGGGCGGGGCCAGGGGAGAGGGCAGGGCCAGGGGAGAGGGCGGGGCCAGGAGGCUGGAGGUGCUUCAGCAGCAGCAGGACCUGGAGAGGAAGAGCAAGCCCCCUUCGGACAGUGGCUUCAAAACCUCGCACUGA